AUUCUAGGUAAUAUGGCUCAACGAGUCACCUAUAGGCGCCGGCUCUCGUACAACACCAAGUCAAACAAAGCCAAAAUUGUUAAGACUCCCGGAGGUCGCCUUGUUUUCCAAUAUUUGAAGAAGCGCGGAUCCGUUCCAAAAUGCAAGGACACUGGCGUCAAGCUUCAUGGUAUCACACCUGCUCGCCCACGUGAGCUUACCAGGCUGAAGAAAAACCAGAGGACGGUCUCGCGCACUUAUGGUGGUUGCCUCUCACCCAAUGCUGUCAAGGAGCGCAUCAUCCGUUCCUUCCUACUUGAAGAGCAAAAGAUUGUUUCCAAAGUGCUCAAGUCAAGAAGGGGCGCUGAAUAA